GUUAAAUGUAAUUCAAAACUCCAUGACCAGAGCAGACAUGUUUCUCGUCUUUUCUAUUACCCUGUUUCUCCGUUUGGCAUCAACAAACUCAGCUAAAACAUGCUGGACGGAUGGGUCUUGCUCCGGAAAACAGUUUGCAUCAAAAUUGAAGUCCAUACCCAACAAUCUAACAUUCGGCACAUUGUCCAACCUCGUGCUUAGUUUUAAUGACAUUAGAGAGGUGACAUCACUACCGGCCAUGCCCCGACUGACUAAUCUGGAUUUGUCUCGGAAUGGUUUGAAAGAUUUUUCGUGGUCGUCCCUCAGCAGCACGCCUAAUCUCACCAGGUUGGCGUUGAAUAACAACAAACUUUCAAAAGUCGAUGCCCGCGUCGACUUUCCUCGAUCCCUGACUCACCUUUCGCUUCAGAACAAUCGCAUCGCCACUUUUCCAGAAACCUUCCUGAGCGGUGUGACGCCACAUCAAAACAUCUUCUACUUUCGGAUAUGGGGAAACUCUUUCCACUGCGAUGACGAGGUUUACUGGAUCGUCCGUUUACGACAGUGUGUGUGGAAUCACCGUGAGGAGGGCUGCGUGAACAAGAAUGCAAAACAGGUCAAGAUGUGCAUGAUGUCAAACUGCAAUUUCCAUCCGAGUGGCGUUCUGGUCAUCCUCGACUCUCUAGAGAAGGAGGGCAUUAUCUGUCACCUGAGACCACGAGUCCAACUAAGGUGUAGAAAUGGGAAACUUUUGAGAGACAUUCAACUACCCACAGCCAGACCUCCCAACGCCCCAGCAAGUCCACCACCAGGCACGUUUGCCGACAACACGUCAGUGUCUACGGGAACAGAGGUUAACGAGGAGAGGAAAGCUACAGAACACCCAACCCCAACUGCUUAUAGCUUGGACCGAACCACCGCCAGUUACUACAAGUUUCCCUUUGACAUUGUUUGGAAAACACCGGCCUCCGCCAUCCUUGGUGUCAUCCUGGCACUUUUGCUCGUCUUCUCCGUUGUGCAAUGCUUCAAACGCUGCAAGAAGAAACGACAGGCUUUGCUGGACAAAAUGGCGGCCGGCCCGGCUCUGUGCGCGCUUUCAGGCAUGCCGGUCACAAACAUAAGCAGGGUUGACCUGACUGAAGACGUCAUCGGAGGAAACCUCCCGCGUCCACGAGUGUCUCCAAGCGGCAGCGAGAGUCGGCCCAAGAGGCAUUCCUUUCAGCACGACUACGAUGAAAUUAAGGACGAAGAUCUCGACAAGAUGCGGGGACCUCUCCAAAGUGACCAAAGCGCCGCCUACUCCGAAGAUGGAAACCACCACCGCCUUGACGCUGGGAAGCUGUACGGCCGGCACCGACCCGUUCGGGGCAGGGACAUGCGUCGUCAAAAUCGCGUCACCUGCAUCGGCGUCGAAACGCAGCGUCAGUCACAACUGAGGAGGCAGAAUCGUCAUCACCACAGACGCCCCGGGCUUGAUGACAGAAACUUGUACCGAACGGAGUCUUCAGAACCAACUGGGCAACGUCACCAUUCUCUCACCGCCUCCGUGCCCCGUGCUGGUAUUCUCUACCGGUCCGGCACAACCCCGCCUAUCGAGUCAAGGCGCCGGCGACACCUGAAGAAAGAAGGUACGGAUGGUCCUUUCGAAUUGAACAUCAGGGGGAAGUACUCACCCCCUUCCUCUGAGGAAGACGUCCCUCCUCCGGUACCGAGCAGAGUAGGAAGGCCCAAACUGUUUCCCAACAGAACGUCAGAAGUAUAGGGGUCAACAUGUCGUGUGGAAGGAAAACCAUGAGGUGAAGAAGGUUGCUAGCUUUGUCUUGUCAUGACAUGCUCGUGAAGAUUUGCGACAACCAUGUAUAACGACGCAAGACAGUCCUAUGUUUGGGUUUAUUAGUCUGUGCAUUCUAAAUGAUCUCAAAGAAGAUG